AUGGCUUCAUCGCCAGUGGCAGGGUCUUCAAUUCCUUUCCUUUGUGCCGAUUCGCAGUUUUACACUGCUGUUGGAUGCGCAUUUCAAAACUGCACUGUAAUCAAUGGCUUGAAAACACAGAGAAUUCUCUCUGGUAUUUGUGGUUUACCAGUUCGCGACAAGGGUACCUCUGCUACUGCGAGCGCUGUUGCCGGCGCGCUUGUCGCCGUCGUCAGCGUUGGCAUCCGCGAAUAUUCGCAGCUCUCCCGGUUCGAUUACAGCAUAGGACUUGAUGACUACGCUCUGAUAUUUACCAUGGCAAUGUCUGUGCCCAUGAGCAUUCUAGUUGUCAUUACUGUCCAGUCAGGACUCGGGAAAGAUAUAUAUACACUCACGCCGGAUCAGAUCAAUGAGUUUUUCAAACUCUUCUACAUCAGUGAACACUUCUACGCAUUUACAGUUCUGUUUGCCAAAACGAACUUCCUCUUCUUCUACCUUCGUCUUUUUUCCGAUGAACGGUUCCGAAAACUUACUUGGGGUGUCAUUUGGGCGUGCAUCGCCUCAGCACUUUCUUUCUUCGUCGCCACCAUGUUUCAAUGCUGGCCAAUCAGCUACACUUGGACUCGGUGGGACGGGGAACACCAUGGUCGCUGCCACGAUAUCAACCUCCAGACUUGGGCCCACGCCAGUGUCAACAUUGCAUUGGAUGUAAUUGUGGUUAGCAUGCCGAUCUCCCAAAUAAUGCGGUUGAACUGGCGGUGGAGGCAAAAGAUUGGCGCCGGAAUGAUGUUCGCAGUCGCACUUUUAAUUACUCUCGUGUCUGUGCUUCGGCUUAGCACAAUCAACGACUUCAUGAAAACAUCCAAUCCUACUUGGGACAUUGUUCCAAUCUCGAACUGGUCGUUUGUUGAGUUAAACGGCUUCAUCUUCUGCUCCUGCAUGCCCGCUUUCCGAGAUUACUUCCGUCGAAUGUUCCGUCGCAGGAGACAAACGAUGGUGGAACCCGCGUUUACUAAUGGCGGUGUCAUGCGAACUAUUGGAAAUGCCACUAUUCGAAGACGCAAUAGACUUCAUGAGCUUGUGUCUAUUGAUAGCGAUGAAAAUGAACCAGAGCACCAAUUGGAGGACAUUGGACAAAGAGAUCCAGCAGUUGGGCGACUGUCCACUGGCGUUGCUACCCCUGUUUCUACACCUAAUGCUCGUUCCGAUGAAGCAUUCCCAGCUCAAAAUGGGGCCUCAUCGGAUGAGAUCACGGCUGAUUCAUCACAACCUGAAGAGAUGGAUUUGACGGAUCUGAAGCAUCUCGCAACUUUAGUGUCUGCCGGUGGAGGAGAGUAG